AUGGCUCGCGGCAGAGGGUGUCCAAAGAAGAAGGUUCCGUCUUUGAUGCUUGCGAAUGUUUUGAAGCAGAGUGGGAGAAAAAAUGAUUCAGAGAGAAGUUCAACGAUUGAGCCUGAAAUUGGUUUAAUUGUGAUGGUGGAAGAGGAAAAAACCGCAACUUUAGAUGUUAAUGAGGUGAUAAACCAGAAGGUUGGUGAGGAACCUAAAAAACUGUGGGUGGAUGUAAUUAGUGGAAACAGAAUCCUGUCCAAUGGAGCUGCUAUUGAAUAUUUUUCCCUGAAGAUAGUGGAAGGAGAAAUAGAAGUAGAGAUUGAAGAAGAAGACAUUCUAGAUGAUCUCAAAUACUUGGAAACAACUCUGAUUAUGUAUGUUUUGGGUAUGGAUUUGAGUAUAAACGCGGUUAAACAGUAUAUGACAAAGUUCUGGAGUUUUGUUCAGCUGCCGAAGAUGUACUACCAUGAAGAUGUGUAUUUUAUGUUGAAAUUCCGAACGCAUAAAGACAUGGACAUGGUCUUGAUGAAGGGACCCUAUACCAUUCAGAGUAUGCCAAUGGUUCUAAAAGAUUGGAAUCCGGAUUUUGGUUUCAAGAGAGAUAUGUUACGCACAUUACCGAUUUGGGUGAACCUUCCCAAUCUUCCUCUAUAUCUAUGGGGUACCAAAAGUCUUGGAAAAAUUGGGAGUGCCAUUGAUGUAACACUAAAGCAGAAGGAAAACAUCAUGAUAAGAGACAAGGAAGGGAACAAAAUCACACAGCCAGUUGAGUAUGAAUGGAAGCCCGAGUUCUGUGAUUUGUGUCAGAAGAUCGACCAUCAGUGUCAAGAAAAACCUAAUAAGCAGUGGCGUGAAAAACCAAAAGCGGAGAUUGGGGGGCUUGAAGACAUUCUCGAUACGGGGACAUGA